AUGAAAGAAGAGUCAUCCGGAUUGAUAAUUGGAAUAUCAAUUGGGGUGGUUAUCGGUGUGGCUUUGGCCGUAGUUGCAUUCUUUUGCUUUAGGUACCAUAGGAAGCGUUCACAGAUAGGAAAUAUCAGUUCUAGGAGAGCUGCGACUAUCCCAAUCCGUGCAAAUGGGGCUGAUUCUUGUACAAUGAUGUCGGACUCAUCAUUUGGGACCGAGUCACCCAGGCCAAGUAAUCAGAAUGGUAUGUCGUUGUGGCUUGGGGGACUAAAGAAGGCCAAUGUUGUUUCUGCAUCUGGGAUACUGGAAUACUGUUACAAGGACCUGCAAAAAGCAACCUAUAAUUUUACCACAUUAAUAGGUCAAGGGGCAUUUGGUCCUGUUUACAAAGCCCAGAUGUCAACUGGUGAGACUGUUGCUGUAAAAGUGCUUGCAACUGAUUCUAAGCAGGGUGAGAAAGAGUUUCAAACAGAGGUUAUGUUAUUAGGAAGGUUACAUCACAGAAACCUUGUGAAUUUGGUCGGAUAUUGUGCAGAGAAGAACCAACAUAUGCUUAUAUAUGUCUACAUGAGCAGAGGAAGCCUGGCAUCUCAUUUGUAUAAUGAAAAACUUGAAUUAUUGAACUGGGAGCUUAGGGUUCAAGUAGCUCUUGAUGUGUCUAGGGGCUUGGAAUAUCUUCAUGAUGGGGCAGUUCCUCCUGUGAUACAUCGGGACAUCAAAUCAUCCAAUAUUUUGUUGGAUCAGUCUAUGAGAGCCCGGGUGGCUGAUUUUGGGCUUUCAAGGGAAGAGAUGGGUCUCAUGGAGUAUGUUGAACUAGCAGCCAUGAAUACUGAAGGGAAAGUUGGAUGGGAAGAAAUUGUCGACCCUCGUCUUGAUGGGAAAUUCGAUGUCCAAGAACUCAAUGAGGUAGCUUCUCUUGCAUACAAAUGUGUCAAUCGUGUCCCAAGAAGGCGGCCAUCUAUGAGGGACAUUGUGCAGGUGCUCUCUCGGAUUCUUAAAUCUAGUCACAACAAGAAACAUAAAAAAGAUUCCUUGAAUGCUAGAGCAGAUGAGGUGUCUAUCAACAUGGACCAAUUAGAAAACCGGAGUCCAAUUCCUGAACACCAUCGAGUAGAAUCUGUGGACAGUACAACUGAUUCAGUUGAUGUUUAA